AUGUUUUUGGCUUGUUGUUGAUGGGCCUGUAGUUGCUUCAGCUGAUAUACUUGCUGUUGUUGUUGCUGGUAUUCUUGCUGUUGUUGCUGCUAGUAUUCUUGUGGUUGUUACUGCUGGUAUUCUUGUGGUUGUUGUUGCUGGUAUACUUGCGGUUGUUACUGCUAGUAUACUUGCGGUUGUUACUGCUGGUAUGCUUGCAGUUGUUACUGCUAGUAUGCUUGCGGUUGUUACUGCUG